CUGUUCUUGUUUUGCUUCGUUUUUCCCCUUCUUUUCCUCCGGGGUCUGGAUAACCGACCGGAAAAAAUAAACGCAGUGAAACCGAAAUUGUGUUCGUUAGUAGUGGAGAAAGGCGCCAGCUCGGCCCCGAGAAGGCUCCCACAACCCCGCGGGCCACGUUUCUCCCAUAUUGGAGCCGUCUUCCGCCGACAUCGAGCGAAGAGGUGCAGCCGAUCCCAGGCCUCCAAUCCAGGGCGGAGGGAGGGAAGGAGGUCGCUGGGAAUCGGGAUGGAGACCGGAGAGGGUGCCGGCGGGCCCGGCGGGCCUGGCGGCCCGGACGGACCGGAAGGGCCGGACGGGCCGGGGAUCCAAUUCGGCUGCGCCUCCUUCAACCAGGACUCCACGUCACUGGCUUUGGGAACAAAGACCAGCUACAAGCUGUUUUCUCUGACCAUGGUGGAAAAACUGGACUGCAUCCAUGAGAGUGCAGAUACUCCAGAUGUCUACAUCGUGGAGCGUCUGUUCUCCAGCAGUCUGGUAGUCGUGGUAAGCACCACUAUGCCACAGAGAAUGAACAUCUACCACUUUAAGAAGGGGACGGAGAUCUGUAACUACAGUUAUCCCAACAACAUCCUGGCUGUUAAGCUCAACAGACAGAGGCUCGUGGUGUGCCUUGAAGAGUCCAUUUACAUCCACAACAUCAAAGACAUGAAGCUCCUCAAGACUCUGCUCAGCACUCCGUCCAACCCCUCAGGUCUCUGUGCUCUUUCUAUCAACCAUUCCAACUCCUACCUGGCGUACCCCGGCAGUGCCACCAUCGGGGAGAUCAUAGUGUAUGAUGCCAACAAUUUGAACACAGUGACCAUGAUCCCGGCUCACGACAGUCCCCUGGCAGCUCUCACCUUCAACGCCUCGGCCACCAGACUCGCCAGUGCCUCAGAGAGGGGCACCGUCAUCCGGGUCUUCUCCAUCCCUGAGGGCCUGCGUCUGUUUGAGUUCCGCCGCGGCAUGAAGAGGUACGUCAAUAUAAGCUCUUUAUCCUUCAGCCCCGAUGGCCAGUUCCUCUGUGCGUCCAGCAACACAGAGACUGUACACAUCUUCAAACUAGAGCAACAGGGACUAAGUGGGGGGGAUGAGGCUGCCACCUGGACAGCCUACAUGGGGAAGGUGUUCUCCGCAGCCAGCAGCUACCUCCCUGCUCAGGUGUCUGGCAUGAUGAGCCAGGACCGGGCGUUUGCCACCGUGCACCUAGUCACAUCGGGCCAGAGGAACGUCUGCACCCUGGCUAUCAUCCAAAAGCUUCCACGGGUCCUGGUGGCCACAGCUGACGGACAGCUGUUCAUCUACAACGUGGAUCCACUUGAUGGAGGAGAGUGCAUUUUAGCCCACAAACACAGGCUCUUUGGUUUUGAUGAAGACCAGGACGAGGGACCAGAGUCGGAAGGGUCAGAGGUCACAGGGACAGCGCAGGCUUGUCCGUCCUACGCUGCGACCGCCGCCUUACCGGCCGCUGGUCCCGUCACGGCAACCCUCACUGGCUACUCUGAAGAUGGCGGAGCGAUGAAAGGCGAAGUCAUUCCAGAACACGAGUUCGCCGCUGGCCCUGUGUGUCUGGACGACGAGAACGAGUUUCCACCUAUUAAUUGGUGCCGAGACGGGACUGGAGGGGGCCAGGCCAGGCGCUCGUGAAUGGGUAGAAGGACAGAUGGCCAAACAGACAGACAGGCGCUGGCAAGUGGGAUGAACCAGCAUUAAAAAAUUUAAAAAAAAAUUUUUUUAGGGUGCCAAGUUAUUUUUUUCCAUUAUUGAAAAAUUCAAGUUGAUGUGGGAAAAACAAAACACUGAAAAAGAAGUAGAUGUAGCCUCAAUCUGGUCCUCGUGUUACGUAAUGAUUGUGUUAAAAAAGACACUUCUAAUGUUGUCAUAGCAACAGUAGUACCUCUGAACUUCCUUCCAGCUUGCUGUUGAGUUACCAAACAUCAACCGUGAACUGAAAGGCCAUUUCUUAACGUGUAGAUGCUGUUGACUACUUCAAAAUGAAUCAGGGAGAUGUCUUUAAGGAGUAUUUUAUGAGCUGCAUGCUGGAGCAGAUCUAUAACCACAAUGUUCAUGGCUUUUUUUUUACUUGACAGAUAUUUUUAGUAAGUUGCAUUAUUGUAGCAACAUCUUCAUUUAUAUCAUUAAUAAUAUUUUUAGUUCACGUCCAUGAUAAAGAAUGGUUUUCAUUUUAAUUCUGUAUUGUAUUUUACUGCAUUGACAUGUAUUGGAUGUUUCUGUGUGAUACAUUUCAGAAGGUGUGUAUGUACUGUAUGAAUGUUUGUGCCUAUUAUCAUUUGUAAAGAGUAAAGUAUUUUACUAAUUGCACAAGACCAAAACAAGUGAAAGAAACAAAGAAAUGAACACAUGGAGUAAGAAUGAACCUAUGCAAAGCAAA